ACAAGAUGAAGAGUUCGGCAACAGGCGCAUGCGCAUCGUACAAACAGCGCAUUCAGGCGGGUGUUGGGUGCUAACAGUCUGUUAACCCGGUUAGUUUCUCCGGUAAAGUAGUGAUUUUCCGGUGCUGACGCCGUGAACAUAAGGCUCCGUUUGUCGGUGUGAAGUGACCGAAUGUUCUUAUCGGUAACGGUUAGCUGCCUUCUCUGUGUUUUCUACCCUUUAACUGUUCGCUGCUAGCAGUUAGCCGCUAAAAACACAGCUAACUGCUAUGAUUAGCUGUGAGGUUAGCCAGGAAGCUAACGUUUGCAUCGACUGAAGCUACAAACGUCCUGGUGGAGCUCAGGUACCACAGGAUGGAAACUCUCAGUCAGGACGACUGUCUCUGUCCCGUCUGUCUGGAGAUCUUCAUGGAGCCGGUUACCCUGCCCUGUUCACACACCUUCUGCAAGGCCUGCUUCCUGGAGUCGGUGGAUAAGGCCACGCUGUGCUGCCCUCUCUGCAGGAGGAGAGUUUCCACGUGGGCUCGUCUGAACAGCAGAACCAACUCUCUGGUGAACCAGCAGCUGUGGCAGCAGAUCCAGGACCAGUUUCCUCUGCAGUGUCAGCGACGCCUCAGCGGGCAGGACGCUGUGGACGACGACCACCCAGUGUCGGUGUGUCUUCAUAGACUCAGUGAACCUGGCGAGUUGCGGCAGGAAUACGAGGACCAGAUCACCAAACUCACAGAGGAGAAGCGAGUUCUGGAGGAGCAGCAGAGGAGAGCCAGCGAGGAGCUGAUCCAGAAGCUGCUGGAGGAGGAGGAGGAGCUGCUGCAGGAGGAGGAGAGGAAGAGGCAGGAGGACGAGAGGCUGGCCAGGCUGCUCAGUACCCAGCUGAACUCUCCUCCUGUCUUUCAGCAGAACCUUCGUCCUGAUGUGAUUCCAGCUCAGAAGAAGAAGGAGGUCGGACAGAUCGAGCGGUUCCUGUGUCCUCGGGCUCCGCCCACCUGCAGCCUUCAGUCCAAUAAGGAGAACAUUCUGGUCUCUGAGGGUGCACAGCAGCCAGAGCUUCCACUGCCUCACCUGGACUAUUAUGGACCUCAGGCGGAGCUCUGCCCUCUACAGGAGGAGGAUCACCUGACCGCACCAGGAGAACCCUCAUCGGCCAAGAGAAAGAAUUCUGAGCUGGACACUACAGCAGAAGAGGAGAAUGACGUCGCCAAGCGGAGGUGCCACCCAUCCUCUCUGGAGGCGGGGCUGGUCCUGCAGGGCGCUGCCCAGGGGGAGGCGGAGCUUCAGGGCCGAUGGCAACAGGAGGAGGAGGACCGGAGACUGGCUCUGCUGCUGCAGAAGGAGCUGGACAAGGAGGAGAGACAGAAGGCCAUCGACAGACGCAAAGGGUCUGCCAACGCCCACCUGCUCCGACAGCGCCGACAGACGAGGAACGAGGCGGCUGGCAGCUCUGGUACCACGAGUCUGAACACUGGCAGCGCCGGUGCCAAGAGACUGAACAGAGUCGAGGCCACCGGCAGCUCUAGCGUUUCUCCAAAGACCUCAUCCUUCAGACGCCGGAAACAGAAGACCCUGACAGAGAUGUUCUCCAGCCUGAGCAGCUGAGCCUUUCUCCUCCAUCAGAGCUGUUUCUACUUCCUGUUUCUGCUGUGAAUAAAAACUGUCGACACACGGACACUAAUUUGCUUUCACUUUCAAUUUUUUGUGGCCAAAAGUAUGCAGACACCGUGUCCAUCUGUGUGCGACUGCAGCUGUCUGAAUACUUUGAGCAACAUUAAAGCAGAGACGGUGGCUGCUGUAGCACUGUGUGCCCAGCAGGGGGCACUUCAUGUUGGAGUCAUGGAGCACUUUAACUCACAUGUAGAUUGUAAAGCUGGAAGUCUUCUCAGAUGUUGCAGUGAAAGGUUGGAUGGUUUAUUACGGUUAUUGGGUAACAUGUGAACAUGUAUGUUCGUCUCCACAUGCAGCAGAGUGUAAGAUGUACUGACGCACUAAGAAACUCUUCAAGGUUCCAGAUGUUUUCAGGUGUUUUUUCUGAAGAACAUGAAGGUGUAAAGCUAACCUGUAGGCUAUCUCACAGCUAACUAACCAAUAGGGUUCCAGCUCUGUAUAGCCCUGCCCCCUCACUGCUUCCAGGUCAACCAGUCAGAACGAGCAUCCAGCAGGUUUAUUUACUUUCCGCAGCUGCUUCUGCUUAACUCAGAAAUGUCUGAACAACAGCAGCCUGUUGGUCAGGGAGGGUUUUCUUCCUGAAGGUGGGCUGGAGAGAACAGUUUGAGUCUGAUUGGUUCACGUGUUCGCUGAUGUUUCCACCUGGAGAUGUCUCAGACUCCUCCCCUUUCUCCUUACCCGUCUCCUCCUCUUCCACCUGGUUGCCUUUGUUUUAGUUUUGAUAUUUUCAUAUUUAAAAAUAAUAAAAGUUCUCAAAGGAAGAAUAAACCUGUAAAGUGUUCCAGAUUUACAAAUCAUAAAACUUUAGUUUGACCAAAGUGAA